AUGUCCGAUAUGACCCCUUACACUUCUGGGUGGAAGGCACUCAAGAAAAGCGAGCUUAUCGGCUUGGCGGAUAAGUUAGGUAUACCUGCCGACACUGCUAGUUUAAAGAAACCCGAGAUUAUUGGGAGCAUACAAAGGUUUCUUGAUGAGAAUGAAGGGACCCUCAGCGAGAUUCCCAAGUUCAAAGCUCUGUAUCCAAGGAGGGUGUCCUCGAAUCGUCGAGGAAGCCUGAUUCCUAACCAGACUGAAGAAUCGUCUGAGACUCCAGAUCCCCCGGCCCCUGUGGCACCAGCGAGUCGCAGGGGAGCCGGCAAGUUUCCCCCUAGAGCAUCUUCGUCGACUGAAUCAGCAGAAGGGAGCAAAGCUGUUGCACAUGCUCUCAGCACUCCGUCGCGCAUUCCCUUACCUCCAUCCCCCAUCAAAUUGAUCCAGGACUUUUCGGCGAAGGUGCGUCCCGAAAUCGAUGCAGUUGUUGCGAAUGCGGCUCGCGCCAAGGAUCAACUUGGAAUUGAAACCAGUAGGAUCCUUGCUAAAACCAAGAUGUUCCUAUCCGACUCCGCAAAUCUGACGAGUAUCACUGUUUUAUGGGAGCUAUUUUUCCUUGUUAUGGCGUUUACACCUGUCGAGUACACCCCGUUCCAACUGCCCCCUUCAAUUUCGAAGGUGCCUUAUACCGUUAACGUCCCUCAUCCACCAAUGACUCUCAUAUAUUGGGAAACUUUGUUCAUUCUAUUGGCUAAGUGGAGUCUCCCGACGCUCAUCAUCCCCCAAGCUACCGGAAAACUGGUGGCUUUUUCCGACAGGCGGGACAUUGACCCCUUGACAUCUAGCAUUGCGCGACUCGUCUGCGUGCUUUCACUACCCUGGGUGGUUGCUGAGGAGUUAUUAAGCUUAAACACUCGCAUACUCGCUGCUUCUACGGCGCUAGCAUUCGCUGUGGCAGAAGCCUUGAACGAUCGAAAGGAUCGAGCAGAGAUUGCUAGCUCGCUUGUGAAGCACGGCUGA